UUUUUUAUUUAUUUUUUUCAAACAAAUGAAUAGUUUUUUCGCCGAAUGUCUGAAGAAAUCCAUGAAUUGAGACAAAUGUUAGGCGAAGAUCACACAACUGAUGCUUCUUCGGCCGAUACGACUGUCCGUCGAUCGAACGGUGCUUUUCGUCGAAUCGCAAAUCGCUUGAGAACUGCCGCCCAUUGGUCUCGAGCCCGAAGAGCCGUCGAGUUGUCGGAACCGACUCUUGUAGUGGACGAACACCGACUCUUCAGUCGAAGCGAAUCACGCAUUGAUCCGCCGGUAAAAGCAAGUGUUGAUCGUCAGACUUCCAGUUCUUUAGCCGACUGUUUGUUCGCCGCAAACGAAAGGUUUCUUUUGAACCGAGGAUUUCUUCACUUUUGGCGAAAACAAAGACGAUCUGAGGGUCGGCCUUUUGUGCGCGUGACUCACGACGCGCGUGUAGAGGACGUCGUUCUGGUGGUUCACGGCGUCUGGUCACUUCCGGUUCCGCGAAUCGUUUUAGUCAUUGUUUCGAAUGCCUGUCCUUUGAAGGAAUGGAAAAACGCGCGACAAUUGAAUGAAUUUCAAAACGGAUUAAUUAAAGCCGCGCGAUCGACGCAUAUGUGGAUUAUGACGAAUGGCGUCAAUACCGGAGUUUCCCGUCUUAUCGGAGAAGCAGUUCUCAGAGAACAACGCGAACGACGCGCAAACAUAGCCAAAGCCGAGUGCGCUCUCAAUGUUAUCGCAAUUCUAAGAGAAGAUCAAUUGAACGCUUCCUUCGAAGGCUCUUCGGUCGAUCUUCACGUGGAUGCGGACGACGCGCGCGAACCGAACGCCGAUCAUUCGCAUUUCGUUGUCGUCAAAGACAAUACGGUUUCCAAGACGGGAAUCAAUCUGUUUAUGCCUCGACUUUUGGACUUUUUGUCUUCAAACGACUGUUUUGAAGAAAACCGAAGAUUAUCUGUGGAUUCGCUUUCAAUGAAUUCCAAAGAAAUACCAAUUGUUGUUCUUGUAGUUCAAGGCGGAUAUGAUUGCGCGCGACUGGUUUUGGAUGCUCUCAAAAGACGUCAAGCAGUCGUUGUUUUGCGCGGUUCGGGAGGUUUGGCCGAUGUCUUGGCCUUUGCUUUCCAACAAAUCGAACAAAGACUUCGCGGCCAAUGGGAUGCUUGGGAUCCCGAGUUUGUCGAAUCGGCGCUAAAACCCGAACUCGCGCUCAAAAUCGUUCGUCGGUUUCCGCGUCUUCGCGACCAAACUCUGGCCCGAAAUAUAUUACGCGAUAGAGUUGUGGAAAGCGUGCGUUUGGGUCGACAAUUGGGUCGCGAAUACCUGUCUGUCGUGAACCUGCAUUCCCCGCAAUGUCGUCUCGAGAAUCUCCAGGAAUACCUUCUUUUGGCGCUUUUCCGCUCGCAAUCCGAUCGAAACACAAACGCUUCUCCGGUUACAGACCUUCUUCUCGAAGAUCUCUAUUUGACUCUCGACUGGAACUGUCCUCACGUGGCGGCCACUGAAGUGAUAUCACGUGAUCCGACAUGUGUUUUGCGUUUGGAAAAGAAGAUGUUUUUGGAAGCGCUUUUGCGUCCGAAUCGCGAAGAAUUUAUUGAUAUUUUUCUCACUCAUGGCUUCAGAAUUCAUAAGUUUUUGUCUCCAAAACGAUUGAAACAACUCUUCAAAAGACAACUUUCCGACGAAUUCUUUCGAUCCGUUUGUUGGUCUGGAGUUUUGGGACAUUCGCCGAUUCAACGCAUUGACAAAGACUUUGUGGACAAUGACCUGAAUUGGUUGAUUGAGUCCACGACUGAUAUUCCGAAUUUGGUUUCCGCGCAGACUCUCGCCCUCAACGUUAUGGGCAUGUAUUGGGACGCAACGCCCGAAACCGCCGAACGACACGCUCUGGCCGUUCUCACUCUUUGGUCAGUCUAUGCCAACAGACAACAAUUGGCUAAAGUCUUGUGGAAACACUCGGAUCAACCAAUUCAUUUGGCUCUGGUCGUUUCCCUGGCCUUUGAACGUCUUUCGUGGUAUAUUUCGGAACACAAUCUGAAGACAUCUCUUCAGGAACCGUCGCGUCUGUUCGCCGAACGCGCCGUCGGUGUUCUCGAUCUGUGUUUCCAAAGAGACGAAUCUCGCGCUUUUCCGCUUCUGUCCGAAGAGUCUUCUGAUUGGAACGGAAAAACUGCCGUCGAUUUGGCCGCCAAUGCCCGCGCCCGCACCUUUGUUGGCCAUCCGUGUGUUCAGAAAUGGUUGACAACUGUCUUCAUGGGAGGUCUGAGUCUGCGCGAAGUCAGUUUAGGAGUGGUCAGUCUCUGGCCGUCUCUUAAGAUACUUUUGGCCGCAAUUUUCGUGUUUCCGAUGUAUUUUUGGGUUCGAUUUGACAACAAUUCGGUCGAAGAAGACAAAGAAGAAGAAGAAGACGACAGAGAUCUGCCACAAGAUCCGCAACAACAACAAGACCCGCAAUACUCCGCUCGUCCGCCGCCGCGCACGCGCCGCACCGUGCACUGGCCACGGGAGAUCCUGAUCCGUCGUCAGCCGCCACUGCUGGAAAUGGUGUGUUUGGUGUGGUCGGCGCCAAUCACCAAAUUCUGGACUUUUCAGCUUUUUUACGUGACUUUCUUGGGUCUGUUUUCUCUGGCCGUCAUUUGGCCAGUUUGCGGACACUACACUCUGGACACUCUUGUGUGCGCAUGGACAUUUCUCAUUCUCGUCGAACACAUCCGAAGAACAUUUGUUUUGUACCGAAAGUACACUUCUGUUCCCAUGUUUUUCAAAUGCAUAGAAAUCAUUGCAAUCGCGCUCUUUGUCCUCAUCUAUACGGCCGGACGCGUCUUCGACCGCCGUGUCUUCGGAGUGUCCACCUACGCCAUGAAGGUGUUGUUGUCUUUCGCGCUUCUGUACUUCUAUUACCGCCUCUUCGCCGUCCAUUUGCCGAUUUCGCCGACUCUGGGUCCGUUGUUGUUCCGUCUGAAACUGAUGGUCACAGUGGACUUCGUGAACUUCAUGCGAAUGGCUCUUUUGGUGAUUUGUUCUUCGGGAGUCGCCAUUCAAGCCGUUCUCUACCCGAACGCCCCCAUAGACAUGGAGAUGUUGCGUCGGGCCUUUCAUCGUGCGUUUUUCGCGCUUUUCAUCACUCCUUUGGAUGAACUGAAGGAAAACACUUGUUAUAACUCGACUUCUUUCUUCGGAAAUCCGCCGCAACCCAUGGAAUGCGGAACCGUGACUCCGAUGUCGGCCUCAUGUCCGGCUUCUGGACUUUUUCCGCUCGUGUUUUCGAUUCAAUAUUUGGUGUUUUUGAAACUGAUUUUAAUGACUCUUUUAUACGCUUUGUUUUCUUCGACGGCUUCUCGUCUUCAAACAGAAACCGAUAAUAUUUGGAAAUUUCAAAGAUAUCUUUUGGUCAUUGAUUUCGCUCAUCGUCUUCCACUUCCCGCGCCUUUGAAUAUCUUUUGUUACCUUUUUUUCACUCUUCGCUCGAUUUAUCGCUUUCUUUGUUGUCGUUGUUGUCGUUCUUCGGAUCAAACGGACUCUUUGCGCCGAAAGAACGGUCUGUUGUCGUCUCCCGAAACCGAACCCUAUUCUUCGGGAGUUCUUUCUGAAGAUGAUUACAAUUUAUGGCGACAUUUGGCUCAAGAGUUGGUCCGUAAAGAGGAAGACGCGGCCGAAGACUUGACUUCAAUGAGCCGUCAGUUGGAAUGUGUCCAAACGGUGGUCGAAGAGACGGAAUACGAAAAACUUCUUUUACGACAACUCAAGACCCGAAUGCGGGAAAUCGAACGUUUGGUUCUCGGAUCUCACGUGACUCUUGAAAGACUUCGCCGAUUGGUUGAACGCAAAGACGACUUAACGACCGAAUCCAUAGAAAAACCGCAUUUCUUGAGCCGACAAUCGCCGUAUUCGGGAACUCGUGUCCAGAGAGUCCCCGUGCCCGACAAGUUGGUUGCGUGGGAGGUGUUGUGGGUGGACUACGACCCUGUUGCCUUUUCCAAGAGCCGAACCGACUUUCCGCCGCAAAUACAGAGUCACGUGGACGAAGACAUCCUUUUAUUACGAGAAUUACAAAUGGAAUCCAUUGAAAGCAAACUUCCGGUUUUGCAAUGGAAUUGUCGUUCCGUUAAUCCCGCGGGACUCACCAUCGACAGGACCUCUUGGACACUACAGCCCGACGGACAACCCCUUCUUUACCGAUUGGACGACGCAGGACUUCCAUUGAAUCCAAGGGGAAGAACAGGAUUACGCGGAAGAGGCGUUCUGCCGCGUUGGGGUCCAAACCAUUUCGUUCUUCUGAUUGUCUCGCGAUGGCACGCUUCCACUCCUUCCGAAGCACUCGAGAUAAUUGUCGAACGAACCGAACGAAGGGAUCAGAUGUCUUUACCCGAAAGAUUCGUUUCCGACGACAGACUUUACGCAGAAUUAAGGGAUUUGUUUCGCGCAGACGCAGAAUGGACAACAAGUGCCGAAAUGAUCGGGUUUUUUGAGGCUCAGGGAGGUCAGGGAGGUGUAGUGCGAACAGAGCGAGUGUCACGUGAGUAUCAAGACUGCGAAUUGAAUUCCGACAACGCGUGGAAAGAGACGGAAGUUUGGCACGUGCACUAUUCGGGCGAAGACUUGAUGGAAAUGAGUGGAAGAGUUCAUUGGCGAAUUGUCACCGAAGAUGUCUUGACAAAACUGAGUCCAAGUCAAGCAAGAGAAAUACAAGAAUUGACUGAAAGACUAAAACCAACCAUUUUGUGAUCAAUAAAACUCUUUAUUCAAUUCAAUGUCGACAUUAAUACCACCGAAUAGACUCCCGUUCCGAUUGACACCAAACCCGUCACGACCUCUAUCGGUCCGAUUCGUCCCGAACUCACGGACGACGCGACGGCGGCCACGGCUUGGACGGCGCAAAUGACUAGAAGAGAUCGGUAUUCGUUUACCAAUAGAGAGAUUAUUGCGACCAAAGAGAGGAAAAUGACAAUUGCUUUGAUGAGGAUCUGUUGGAAGACUAUAUUCAAAGAAAGACAUUUAAUUCGAGGUUUUGUUGACUUUUGACUCACUUU